AUGGCGGACGGCGACGGGUGGGAGCAGUACACGGUGACCCUGACCAGGGCGCCCGGUGCCGGCUUCGGCAUCGCGGUGUCGGGCGGCCGCGACAACCCGUACUUCCCAAGCGGCGAGGCUUCCGUCGUGGUGUCCGACGUCCUGCGGGGGGGCCCAGCCGACGGCCUCCUGCGGCGCCUCGACCGCGUCGUGGCGGUGAACGGCACGAGCGUGGAAAACGCCGAGCACGCCCACGCGCUCCAGCUGCUCCGCCGGAGCCCCGCGACGGCGCGCGUCGUCGUGCUGCGGCGGGCCGGCGGCUCGCGCCUCGCGGCCGCCGCCUGCCGACGGCCGUACGGCGGCGACGACGACGACGACGAGGACGACUGCGACGACGCGAGCCGGAUCGUGGCCGUCCACCCCGACUUCGGCGACGAGGCCGAGGAGCGGCGCGGCCGGCAGGUCGGCGCGGGCCGGAGCGGCGCAGAGCGGAGAGGAGACCGGAGCGCCGACGGCGGUCCGGUCUGCGGUGGCGGCCGGCUCGGACGCAGCUGGGACCGCGGCCUGGACCGCGACCUGGACCGGGGUAGGGAGGCGAGCCUGGACCGCGACCUCAGCCGCAGCUGGGACCGCGGCCUGGACCGCGACCUCAGCCGCAGCUGGGAUGGCGGUUUGGACCAAAUCGCGGGGUGGAGGGGCGGGGAUCGGAGCCAAGGGCGCAGCGGCGUCGGGGGCGGCCGGGACCGUGGCCCCGACGGAGGCACAGAGCGGAGCCCGGACCGCGGGCGCGCCUACAACCGGGGCCUCGGCCGAUCGGCGGGGGACCUGGACUCGACGUCUCCCGUGCGCCGGACACGCCUCGUCACGGUCACGCUGGCGAAGGGCAAUCGCUCUGGGGGCUACGGCCUGAGCCUGGGCAGCAAGAUCUACGUGAAGGGCAUUGGCGGCGAAGGGGCGGCCGCCCGGGACGGCAGCGUUCGGGAAGGCGACGUGGUGCUGAAGAUCAACGGCACGGCCACCGACAACAUGUCGCUGGGCGACGCUCGCAAGCUCAUCGAGAGGUCCGGGGGGAGGCUCCAGAUGUCCGUGCACCGCGGCGCGGGGAAGACGCUGGCCAACAUGCCACUGCUGGAUGACAGCCCCUCCUCGUCAGACGGGUACGACUAGACACGGGCAGCGGCAGCGGAGGGUGGGGAUGUCCGGCCGGUUAGGUAGCCGGCAAGCCCUGCCGGUUGGAUCGUCGGUUCGAAGGCGCCUCUCCUGGCGUGGUCGGGUUAAGCGAUCGAUUAUCCCACCGAUCGGUUCUAAAGCCUCCUCCGCGCCAGUCAAAUAGAGACGCGGCACUUGAGUGCGGCACCUCUCAACGUCGCAUCACUCCACAGCUCGCCUGCUCACCCCCAAGUCAGCUGGAACGCCGAACCGAACGAGUCGCCGCGGGCCCCGGGGCAUAAGCGGCCGUUUGCCCGACCCGCGAGCACCGAGGGCAAAUCGGUGAAGGGCCAAGGGUGGGGGAUGACGACCGUCCUGCCCGGGGGGGUGGGGUUUGGAUCGGCCACCAAUCGGCAUGGAGAAGCAGAGUUCGUCCGUCGCAGUUUUGCGAGCAGGAGCAAGGGUUCUUGUUGCCGCGACAAAUUUAACGAUGAUAAAUAGUUGGAACAAAAUUUUAGGUACAAUGAUCGUGAUUGAUAUAACUGUUUGGUCAUUAUAAUUAUUAAAAGUGGUGUAGUUAAUUUGUCUGGAGAACAGGUGGGAGUAGUUAAGGAGGGGUAGUGA